AUUGUCAAUUUUCGGGACGUUACCAACAGGACGCCGCUGCAUUGCGCGGCGGCGAGCGGAAAUGCCGCCGUUGCCAAAUAUCUCCUCAAUCAGCAUGCCGACAUAGAGAUCAAGGACUAUAGUGGUCGUACGCCUCUCGUCCUAGCAUGCUCCGAGAGGAAAUGGGAGGUUAUCCAAGAGCUCGUUGACGCCGGCGCGAAGCUAGACGCAGUGGAUCCGCAAGGGAGGACGGCACUCCAUUACAUGGCCGACGGAGAUGCCAUCACGAAACUAAUCUCUAUUCUUACCGAGAGCGUGGAUAGCACGACUGCUAAAGACCUCGCCAACCUGCAAGAUCAGAGCGGCCAUACGCCUCUACACCUGGCCGCUGAGCAUGGCAACUCGGCCGCUGUUGGCCAGCUCCUG